AUGAGCUUCCUCUUCAGCAGCCGCUCUUCCAAGACCUUCAAGCCAAAGAAGAACAUCCCGGAAGGCUCUCACCAAUACGAGCUCCUGAAGCACGCAGAGGCCACGCUGGGCAGCGGGAACCUGAGGCAGGCCGUCAUGCUGCCCGAGGGGGAGGACCUCAACGAGUGGAUUGCCGUUAACACUGUGGACUUCUUCAACCAGAUCAACAUGCUGUACGGGACCAUCACGGAGUUCUGCACGGAGGCCAGCUGCUCCGUCAUGUCCGCAGGGCCACGAUAUGAAUACCAUUGGGCGGAUGGCACUAAUAUUAAAAAGCCAAUCAAAUGUUCUGCACCAAAGUAUAUUGACUAUUUGAUGACUUGGGUUCAGGACCAGCUGGAUGAUGAAACGCUUUUUCCUUCUAAGAUUGGUGUCCCAUUCCCCAAAAACUUCAUGUCUGUUGCAAAGACGAUUCUGAAGCGUCUCUUCAGGGUCUACGCCCACAUUUACCAUCAGCACUUUGACUCCGUGAUGCAGCUUCAGGAGGAGGCCCAUCUCAACACCUCGUUUAAGCACUUUAUUUUCUUUGUUCAGGAGUUUAAUCUGAUUGACAGGCGUGAGUUGGCACCUCUUCAGGAGUUAAUUGAGAAGCUUGGAUCGAAAGACAGAUAA